AUGGCGCUCGUCGCGUCCACCCGCGCGCAUGUGCGCCCCAGCGCGCCCUCUCGCGUCUCGAUCUCCACUCGGCGAGCGGCGAUCGCGCCCGCCAUCGCAGCCAAGCCCCGAUCAGCUCGCCCGGCUUCGCUCGUCGCGCCGCGCGCGCUCAGCAUCGACGAGGGCGACGGCUCGGCCUCUUCCGAGCCCAUGACGUACACCGAGGAGGACCUCAUGAAGGAGACUACCGAGGCGGCGUCCAAGCCCGAGGUCGUGUCCCCGAAGAAGGAGGAGCCGAAGAAGGAGGAGCCAAAGGCUGAGUCUCCCGCGCCGCCCCCUCCCGCUCCCGCCCCCUCGGCCUGGGAGUCGGAGGAGGAGGAAGAUCCCGACGCGGAGGAGCGAUCGAGGCUCAUUCGCAAGCUUCUCGGUCUCGCCGCGGCUUCCAGCCGGGGCCAGCAGGCGAGCCGCGACGCCAAGGCGACCAUGGAGGACAUCAUCACCGAACUGGAGUUCAUGAAUCCAACGGAGGAGCCCGCGAGGAAGAUCAACGGCGAGUGGGCGCUGGUGUACGCCUCCGUCGAGGCGUUCAGGUCGUCGCCGUUCUUCUGGGGGUUCCAAAAGAUGCUCCCGGGCGGCGAAGAUCUCGCGUCGCAGCUCUUCAAAUUCACCGCGGGUCUGCCCGUGGCGGGUACCAGGGGUCCCUUCGGCGUCAUCUCCCAGACGGUCAGUCUCGAGAGCGAGGAGAUGGUGAGCGAGGUGGAGAUGAGGAUCUUCGACCCGUUCUUCGCCGUCGCGUCGGGCGUCAGCGGAACGGUGGUUUCAACCGCAAACGUCACCGUCAAGCCGGACGGCGCCGGAGACGUCCUGCUGGUCACCCCGAGGACCACCCGAGUCAGGAAUAGCAACGUGGGCGGCGCGAUCCUGGACCAGAUCGUGGUGCCAACCUCUGAGCUGAUGAGCUCCGUGGCGGGCGGCGCCGUCGAGGCGGAGGCGACGGUUACGUACGUCGACGACGCGGUGAGAAUCGUGAGGGUGGGUAAGGAUCUCGACCAGAUCUUCGUGUACACCAAGAUGGCCGAUAUCAUGUGAUGA